GUUAUACUUUCGAUUUGUUUGGGCGCGUCUGCAGCAACGGAUUAUAUGUUGGUUAAAAAUGCCUCUUGGAAUAGAUAGAAGUCAUUUUUACGAGGAAAAAGUUAAGCAUAUUGAAAAAAGCAACAGGGUAAAAGAUGAAAGAAUAGGUUCAUUAGAGACAGAGAAUGCUAUGCUGUAUCUGAAACUUGCUCAGUUAAGAGGGGCACUUCAACAUACAAGACAAGAGUCAAUUGAAAUUCAUGAAAAGUUUGAAGAUGAGAGUCGAUUUAGGAAAUCAGUAGCUGAGUCAGCCUUCAAAUUUAAGCAAGAACUUGAUAAUAUUAAAAAAGAUAUGCAGUCAGUGCAGAGUGCUGCCAAAGAAAUUCCUAAGCAAUUUAAUGAACAGGUUCAGCAUGCCAACUCAGUGGUACAAAGACAUAAAAUGGCGUUUCAAUCCCAGAGUUCUAGCCUGUCAGAGCUACAGGAACGAUUGGCUCAUAUGGAGCUGACACUCCAUGAUGUUACAGAUAGACAUGCAAAAGAGAAAAAAAGAAGACAGGAACUUCAUAACACACUCAUGGAAUUAAGAGGUAACAUCAGAGUUCACUGUAGAGUAAGACCACUUAUGGAUUUUGAUAGAGGUCAAGAGGAUAUGUCAAGUUUUGGAAGGCAAGGAGCAAAGUCAGAAGUUGUAGUACACUUUGUAGAUGAUGAAAAUGUUUGUGUGAGAACAACAAAACAUAACAAAGUGUUUGAAUAUGAAAGAGUGUAUGACAUGACAGAAACACAAAAUGGUUUGUUUGAUGAAGUUCAACCAAUGUUAACAUCACUUCUUGAUGGAUAUAACAUAUGUAUCAUGGCCUAUGGACAGACAGGUAGUGGAAAGACACAUACUAUGUUAGGAUCUCACAAAAAUGAAGAUUACUGUCCUACACGAGAUCCCCAUCCUGAUGAAGGAGUCAUUCCUAGAGCAGCUAGAGAAUUAUUUAGACUGACAUCAGAGAAACAGAAAGGAACACACACUGUGGAAGUCUCAGUGGUAGAAAUAUACAACAACGAUAUCCGUGACCUUCUGAGUCAUGACCCAAACAUCAAACAUGAUAUCAAUACUGGUCAAGAUAACUCUAUAAGUUUGCCUACUAUUAUAUCUAAACAAGUAGAUACAGUGUAUGAUGUUAUGUGCUUAGUACAACAUGGCCUGUGUACGAGAAGAGAAUCUGCCACUUUGGUUCAUGAACAUUCAAGUAGAUCACAUCUUGUUGUAACCUUAACAGUCAUUUCUCAGGCUCCAAGCUUCUUCUCUAAAAACUCAGUACCUGGAGAUACGACACCUAGGGACAGUAAAGGGAGAUCAUCGUCUUUAUCAUCAUCAGGAUCAAUGCCAUCAGGAUCCAUGUGGCAAUCUAAUGACUUGAGUACUAAUUCUGCUGGACAGGCCGUUAUUAAAACAAAACUGCAGUUAGUAGACCUUGCUGGCAGUGAAUGUGUUGGCAUGAGUGGUGUAAAGGGACAGGCAUUACGAGAAACAGCAAAUAUUAACAAGAGUUUGUCUGCAUUAGCUGAUGUCUUAGGAGCUCUAGCUGAACACAGAGCACAUGUACCCUACAGAAACACACGUCUUACACAUUUGCUACAAGAUUCCAUUGGAGGAGAUGCCAAGUUAUUAAUUCUGUUAUGUGUAGCACCUGCCCAGAGAUACAUCACAGAGUCUCUACAGAGUUUAGGUUUUGGUGCUCGUGCUAGACAAGUACAAAGAGGUCAAACUAAACGUCGUCUGCCAUCAUCUGCAGAGAAAGUCAGUUUGGACACACCAAAAAAUUCUAGAUCUAUCUCUGUUACAGGUCCUCCACCCUUUAGCCAAAGAUGAUUUUUAUGAUAUUCUGUACAAACUUUCAUAUAUAUCUUAAUAAGAGAUCCCAGACAUUCUGUUUAGAGACAGUUUAUUUAUCCUGACCUGACACAAAUUUAUCGCUUAAAAUCUCUUAAAGUUAACAAAGGUAUGGAAUGAUUUUCCACUUGACUACUUCUUGAAUUGCUUUCUGUUAUUAUGCUUUUCCAUCAGAAAGUUUUGUUGGUUUCUAAUAUGCAUAAUUGGCAAUGAGAAAUCAUGUCAUGACAUUCCAUGCCAAAAUGUGUGUAAAAUACCAUUGUCAUUUCUUAUAUGAUGUGAAUAUCAUCCAAAAGACCACUUUCGAGUUCAUUGCAUUUCCGUCAAAAACUUUGAUUUUAGUGAACAUCAUUCUUGCGUUUAGGAGCAUUGUCACUUCUUUCCCAUGUUGAGUGAGCGGUUGAAAAAAAUAUGAUGCUAUAUUGUAAGAAUUAUUAGGCAAAUUAAAUUCUUAUAAUUGAUAAUCAGCACUGCUGUCAUUAGGGAAUUGUGAUUUAGUACCUACAGAAUAAACACUAUUUCUAGUUAAUCCUGCAUAAUGACAAUCACGAAUACAUUUGAUGAACUUUAAUAGUGCAGGGAUACAGGUGGGCCCCUCUAUCUGGUAAAUGACGUCAUGAGGGUGCACAUAAUUGACAAACUUUUCCGGUGAAGGACAUUACUCGAAAGUGGUCUAUUAAAUUUAAGUACACUUUACUUAGUACUGUUAACUGUUAAUAUAUUCAAUACUUGCCUGUUUGGCUAAUUUAGAACAUCAUAGCUUGAGGCAUAUUCACAACAUUGUACAGUAUUGGUUACAUGCUUAUGACAGCAGUUUCUUAUGAAAACUUUUUUGCAAAAACGAGUUUCAAAUAAUUUUGAAUUCUGUGUGAAAGUUGGCAACUAUGUAGACAAAAUAUGGACUCCAAUUUCAACAUGGAGAAGUUUGUCAAUGCAAAAGUGUCCUACAGUUAACAUUUGAACAGAACAGAACAAAACUCCACUAUUUUAUACUAAUUUAGUGAAAUUGUGCAAUUUAAAAAAAAAAUUUUUAUCAAAAAGAUUUCUUAUUUCUCAUAUCAAAACACGACUCUUUAUAAUAAAAUAAAUAUAUAAGGAGUUAUCCUUAUUGAAUAAAUACAAUAGCUAUUGUUCUCUGUGUAGUUUAUUCUAAUAAAAUUUCUUCUAAGAGAAAUCCAUCACUCAUUAAUUUAUUUACCGUAAGAUAAAAAAUUAUCUUCUAAGGAGAUAAAAUACAUGUAUCAACUCUAAAUAAACUCUAAAAUUAAAGUAAACAUUCAAAGAAUUUAUGCCAUUCAUUCUAAUAAAAGUACUGGUAUUGUUGAAAAGUUAUUAAUAAAUAGGUGCUAACAUAUAAUUAUUUAUCCAAUUUAGUGAUGCUAGUUGUCAAGAUUACUUUUUAUUUUCAAUAUUGAAAGUUCAAUUUAUACACAUGUAUGUAUACAAAUAUAGAAACUAACAUGUUAUGAUUUGUUAUUUCACUUAAGUUUGAAACCCCAUGUUGACUUUCACAACCCAAUUUAAAUGAUGUUUUUAAUAAACUUUAUUUACAAUUCCAAAGUGUUAUCCGUCCAGUAGUUGUGCCCUUUAUUAUACUUGUAGUAUUUAUUUAUUUGAGUAUUGUUUUUGUUAGUUUUAUAUGGAAAUUAACAUAUGUUAAAUAAAAAUAUUACAAAUGA